AGUUAAUGAGAGAGGCAAUGGCGUGGUUAGUGUAACAGGACAAAACUAUAGCGCUGUUUCCCUGCGGUUUCGUCUGUAAACACUCUUUGGUCUAAAGCUGUAACGAUGGCUGGUGAAAGCUCUUAUAACGUGAAGCUGUACAUAUACGACCUGUCAAAAGGAAUGGCCCGUCAACUGAGUUUCAUGAUGCUAGGAAAGCACCUCGAGGGAAUAUGGCACACCUCUAUAGUGGCUUUUGGGGAAGAGUUUUUCUUUGGAGGAGUGGGCAUUUCAAGUUGCCCUCCGGGUGGGACACUUCUGGGUAUGCCUGACUCCAUUGUGGAUCUUGGAAACACAGAAGUUCCCCGAGACCUUUUUCUGGAAUAUCUCUCGUCUCUCAGUGGCUCCUACAGUCCUGAAAAAUACCAUAUUUUCGAACACAACUGUAACAACUUCAGUAGUGAGGUGGCACAGUUUUUAACUGGAUCUAAGAUUCCCUCAUACAUAACUGAUCUUCCAUCUGAGGUGCUCUCCACACCUUUUGGCCAAGCACUCCGUCCUUUUCUAGACUCCAUCACCAUCACCCCACCUGGAAGCAAUAACUUGAAUGGAUUUGGCCAGAGGUAGAUCUGUCCCAAUCUAAGUGUGAAUUAUUUAAAUAUGUAUAAUGUGUAUCUGCCCUGCAGGCUUAUUUACUUACUGCUUGAGAGCAAUAUAUUUAAAAAUAACCAUUUUAUAAGUGCUGGUCUUUCAGAUUUUGUGCUCGGUGCCUGUUUAUAAGGAGUUUCUCAAUUUUGAUUAAAUGUACUUUUCCGUGAAA